AUGCUCGCAAAAAAUUCCCCAUCAUCAUACAAAAUUUUCGAAACAAUAGAUGAUAUCCUAACUGACGUUCUUAUAGACCGUCUUUUUUUGUGGUUCCAUACAUUCAAAUUAAAUCCUGAUUACAAUAUCGUUGACAUUCCUUCAGAUGUAAUUCAUAGCAUCAUCAAGAAAAAUGUGAUCGAAGAAGUUAAUUUAGACCAAGCUUGCAAGGAAUUGCUUAGUCACGCAAAACGAUAUUUACAAAUGUAUCAGGCAAAUUCAGGAUACGAGAUAGCAGAAACAAAAAGAUAUUUUGGAUCUUCUAAAAGGGAAGCAUGUGUAGUUGCUACAAAAGAUUUUAAGGAAGGAGAUGAACUUCGUCUAUGUACUGGUGCAUUAGUUCCUCUCACAAAAGAAGAGGAUAAUAAAUUAGAUGGUGGCAGGGAUUUUAGCAUAAUAUGGUCUCAGAGAAAAGAUGUAAUGUGCUUGUUACUUGGUCCAGCACGAUUUGUGAACCACGAUUGUAAACCCAAUACUACAUUCAUUGCAAGUGGACAGAGUGAAAUCUCAUUUAAAUUUACCAGAAGCGUUAAGGUUGGUGAAGAACUUACUUCAUACUAUGAUGAUGACUAUUUUGGAGAAGGAAAUUGUGAAUGUUUAUGUGCUACAUGCGAACGUCUCGUGAAAGGUGGAUACAAACCAGAAUUAGCAAUUCUAGACGAAGAAAAUAUUGGCUCCAUUAAUAAAAUUGUAUAUGAUUAUGGAGUAGGCAAAAUAGUGCGUCGUAGUGCACGUAAUCGCACUAAUUUAGUACAAGAUGAAACACCUGUUGUAAAAAGGGAAAUAUCUAUGCCAAGAUUUAAAAUGAACGAUGUUACUAGUAAUCACAGAGAUGAAGUAAAUCUUAUUGGCAUUGACAUCGAUAAUGAUGUUCCAAAAACUGAUGCUGAAGAUAAUAAUUCUAACUAUGCUGCAAUGAUGUUGUUGUCUGAUAUAACGACCAAUAAUGUUGCAGUUACCUCCUCUUCUACCUUUGACCAAGGAUCUAAUUAUAACAACAUCAUCCAUCGAAUUCCAAAAAAUGUUUUUAGUGCUCAUUCAUCCACUCUCCUAAGACGCAUGGGUAUAAUGAAUCUACAACAAGUCAACAAAGAUCUGAACACCAAAACCGUUUACCAUUUUAAUAAUAAACCUAAUACGAAAAAAUCAAAUUUGAAGUUUGCAAUUUCACCUGGUACUAUCUCAACUGAAAUUGAAACUGGAAGUAGUAGUAUCUUGGAAAGUGUUAAUAUUGUAAAUAAAAAUGCAGAAUCCAACUCUUGUAAUGGCAGUCAAACUAUAUCUUGGCCAUUUGUCAGAGUUCUUAAUGGAGAUCAAAUUUUGGUAAAAAAAGCCCAUGGCACUGAUCAAUCAAAUUCUUCAAAAAAUAUUAUAUCAAACACUGAUGCUCCCACCACUAAUGUCACCGCUGCCGUUGACUUUGUUAAUGCUGCUAUAAUUGCUGUUGAUAAUGAUAACGAUAAAGCAGCCAAAAUAAUAAGAAGAUGGUGCAAGAUAUGUGAUGAUAUGUUUACAUCCAGUAAAAAUACAAUGAGAUGUUUAAGAUGUACGCGACAUUUAAAACUAUUUGCACUUGAUUGGCCAUGUCGCAGAUUGAAGAGAUCAAGAAAAGACGACAGCCAAAAAACAACAAACAAAGCUGACGGUUCAGCAUCAAGGGCAGUGAAAAAAUUUAAAACUGAUAUAACAACUGAUCAAGAUCAAAUAUCAGGUACAAAUAGAACCGAUUGGUCACCUUAUCCAAUAAAAGGCAUUGAUGUUAAAAUUAUUCAGUAUAAACGUGCAAAUGGUAGAAUUAGUCAUGCUUAUGAAUAUUGUUACGACAAUAUUUAUGUAAGAUGGGACAAGGAGAGUGGUUUUGUCCAUCUUAAUACAUUAAAAAGUUAUUUCAAUAAUACAUUGAGAAAUUUGGAAAAAUUAAAGUGUUGGGAUCAGGCUUGGAGUACACGAAGACACAUUAUAAUUGGUGGCAAUAUUAAAUAUCAAGGUACUUGGUUACCCUAUGACCUCACAAAAAAAGUGGUAAUUGAGUCAAUUGGUAAAAAUGAAGCAUUUUUGAUACCAUUGUUUGGACCUAAUUAUGGUCAAGGAAAUUAA